UGUUGUCUUUGUCACAGAACUGAAUACUUUUCCUCACUUUACUACAUAUACACACAAAUUAAUUAAUCAUAAAGCCAUACCUGUUUUCUUUAUAGGGGACCUUUGGUCCCAUUGCAACUUACCAUCUAAAAGUUGUUAGUAACAAGAACCUUGGACAAUGAGAAACUCUCCAUGUGCAUGGUUUGUGUAGAAUGUGUGUGUCAUAGCCAAUAACAUUAAACAAAGAGUCUCAUUUAUUUAAUAUGAUGAUGAAAUCAAAAAGUGAGUAGGAUCUAUACUGCAUCUGCAAUAUUAUAAUAUACUCUCUCCACAUGCAUCACAUAAAACAAAAACACUCUCUUAGCUUAGAUACUUCUCUUUUCCUUCCUCUUGAUCCCAUCUAUCAGAAGAGUGAUUCUUCUAUGUUUUAAGGUUUCAUCUUUUUGGAUUAGAACUAAAGGGGUUAUGUUAUGCUAUGUUGAGUUUUGUUGUGAUGUAUUGAUGUAAGAACAGAAAAUGGAGCAUGUUAUGCAGCAAGGUCGUUCUCUUGCUGAGACGCCUACAUAUUCGGUUGCAUCUGUUGUUACUGUCAUGGUUUUUGUUUGCUUCUUGGUCGAGCGUUCUAUAUACCGUUUCGGAAAGUGGUUGAAGAAGACGAGAAGGAAGGCGCUUUUUGCUUCGCUCGAGAAAAUUAAAGAAGAGCUGAUGCUGCUUGGGCUUAUCUCGUUGUUGUUGGCACAAAGCGCGCGAUGGAUCUCUGAGAUUUGUGUAAAUUCAUCGCUAUUCAGCAGCCGAUUCUAUACUUGUGCUGAACAUGACCUUGGCGUGAUUGAGAAUGUCGUGAUUAAAAACUCUUCAUCUUUCUCCGAUGAAACUAGUAGUAUUCCGAAGGGACUAAAUAGGGUUGCACUUCAUCAAUGUGGAGAGGGUCAUGAACCAUUUGUUUCAUACGAGGGUCUUGAGCAGUUGCAUCGGUUUUUAUUUGUUCUCGGGAUCACUCAUGUUCUGUAUAGUGUUUUGGCGGUUGGUUUAGCGAUGAGCAAGAUCUAUAGUUGGUGCAGAUGGGAAAAUCAGGCUACAAUGGCUAUUAUCGAUGGAAACGUGCCAGGAAAGAAAAACAAGGUGAUGAGGCGGCAAACAACGUUUGUUUUCCAUCACACGUCUCAUCCGUGGAGCAGGAAUCCAAUACUAAUCUGGAUGCUAUGUUUUCUGCGUCAGUUUAGAAGUUCUAUACAAAAAUCGGAUUACCUUGCACUCCGUCUCGGUUUCAUCACUGAACAUAAGUUGCCAUUAUCAUACGAUUUUCAUAAAUAUAUGGUUCGAAGCAUGGAAGAUGAAUUUCAUGGCAUUCUAGGAAUAAGCUGGCCGCUUUGGAUUUAUACUAUCGUCUGCAUCUUCGUAAACAUCCACGGUUUGAAUAUAUACUUCUGGUUCUCCUUUAUACCUGCAAUUCUUGUGAUGGUAAUAGGUACAAAACUUCAACAUGUGGUUUCCACUUUAGCACUUGAAGUCUGGCAGCACCAGGGUCCAUCUGCCAGUACACAAGUAAAGCCGCGCGACGGCCUUUUUUGGUUCAAUAAACCGGAUAUACUUCUAUGGCUGAUACAAUUUGUGAUAUUUCAGAACGCAUUCGAAAUGGCUUCUUUUAUUUGGACAUUGUGGGGAUUUAAAGAACAGUCAUGCUUCAUGAGACAUCAUUACAUGAUCAUCAUUCGGUUGACAUCAGGAGUUCUUGUUCAAUUCUGGUGUAGCUAUAUGACAGUACCCCUCAAUAUAGUAGUUUCACAGAUGGGAUCGCGAUGUAAGAAGGCGCUAGUGACCGAAAGUGUAAGAGAGUCUUUACACAGCUGGUGUAAGAGAGUAAAACAGAAGUCGAAGCACGAUCAUUCACUUCGCUCGCAUACAGCAAGAUCAAUAUGUUCCCUAGAAUCAACAAUCGACGAGAGGGACGAGAUAACAGUCGUAUCGGGGACACUAACUCGAACAACUUCCUUAGACUUAGAGUCUUUGAAUCAGAUGACAGUAACUUCAGUAGACCAGCUGAAUUUUAUGACUUCUAACAACCUCCAUGAUUCGCAUCACAACGAUGUUGGCGACAGAGACGAGACUAAAUUCGAAACUCUUCUAGAUUUGUUUCACAAAACAUGAUCAAUUUUAUAUUUCAUAUAUAUUCGAAAUUCUACUGCAUAACAAGCUAGAAUCCUAUUUAGUUUAGUAUAGACAUGCAAAUCAUUCUUGAACUCUAUCAAACAUAGAUGUAUAUUAUAUAUGGCAAAACAAAUAACUGUCCUAUUUUUUGCAUGGUUUAGGUGCGUUAUGUAUUUUAUGAGAUCCUAUUUAGCCAAGGGUUAACCCUGUCAAAUUUCGGAUCAUCUGCAAUAGCCUGUCUUGCAUUUCCUCAGAGACGGCCCUAAUGAUAACCAUACAUCAACUACUGUCAAAUUUUGGAUCAUGUACGAUAGUCUGUCUUGCAUUCUCUCAUAGACGGCCCUAACGAUAAUCAUACAUCAACUUCUAUCAAAUUUUGAAUUAUGUACGAUAGUCUGUCUUGCAUUCCCAGAGAGACGGCCCUA